CAUCACAUGCGUAUCAUUCCCCAUAAAACCAGAUAUUAUUAUCAUCUCAUCUUCUUCAACAAGAACACCCAAAACCCUAACCCUAAUUCACUUCAAAUUACAGUUCCAAUACAUCAAAUUGAUUCCUGAUUGUUAGAAAACCAGAUUUGCGUGUUUGAAUUCAACUGAUUUCAGCAAACAAUGUCUGCGAUUGUGUGCGGAAAGAGAUCGUUCUUCGACGACCUGCAAACCUCACCAAAUUCUGCAUCUCCGCCUGCUUCUAAGAAGAUUCGGUGCUUUAAUUCGACUUCUCCGGUUAAGUUUUCAUCGUUCGUCAAUUCACCGCCGUCGCCGUCGCUUAUCGAUAAGCUCCGAUCGGUUUUUCCUAAUAUGGAUAAGAAGCUUCUGGAAGAAGCACUAGAAAAGAGUGGAAAUGAUUUAGAUUCUGCCAUCAAGAGUCUCACUGAGCUCUCUCUUGGAUAUGUUGACGGGGCAACAGGUUCGCCUGCACAGUCAAACCCAAUAACCAUAAAAGGCCCGGUUAUUACUACUGAAGACGUUUCUUUGAAUAACUCAUCAGCUAGUGAGAAUAUCCCCAAAAACGGUGCCGAAUGGGUUGAAUUGUUUGUGACAGAGAUGACAAGUGCCACCAGCAUUGACGAUGCUAGACUUCGUGCCAUGCAUGUACUCGAACGUUUGGAAAAAUCCAUAUCCGAACGUGCUGUCGGUGAUGCAGCAGAAACCCUUCACAAGGAAAAUAUAGUCUUCAAGGGGCAAAUUGAAGUUCUUCUAAGGGAGAACGCUAUACUGAAACGUGCCGUAGCCAUUCAACAUGAACGUCAAAAAGAAUAUGAUGAGAGGACUGUAGAAGUGCAGCAGUUGAAGCAGUUAUUAUCUCAAUAUCAAGAGCAGUUGAGGACACUUGAGGUGAAUAACUAUGCAUUAACGAUGCAUCUAAAACAAGCUCAGGGAAACAACUCCAUUCCUGGACGAUUCCAUCCUGAUAUCUUCUAAAAAAAAUGGUGGAUAGAUUUUGGUUAUAAAUAUUGUGUGUCUGAAGAGAUCUACAUUUGCCAGAUUAAUGGCAAGUAGAUUAUAGUCUGUUAUAUCUUUUAAACACAAUUAAUUGAUGUUUGGUUAAUUUAAAGAAUAUAAGAUUUUGGUUUUAUAGUUUGAAA